AUGCCCGCCAACCGCGGCCCGGUGCCCGUGAAGCUCUUCCGCAGGGAGGACGCCGAGGUCCUCACGCUGGGUCCCAUUACCUGCUAUGUCUUUGAGGACGGGUCUCGCACCGACAACCGCGUCGGCGCGGUGCUCUUGAUGAUCCCGCCGGGGGCCAAGGGCCCGCCUAUGCACUGGCACCGCUUCCACGAUGAGCUGUUCUUCGUGACGAAAGUCUCCCCGGGUGACGUGAUGGUCGUCCCUCCCCGGGCCAUCCACACCUUCGAGAACGCCUCGGGCACCGAGGAGGCUGAGCUCUAUAUGACUUCCACACCUGGACACUACAUCGAUUAUUUCCGUAUGAUGAGCCAGGCGACGGAAAACGAUGAGAAACUGGAUGAGGCGGAUCAGUUCUAUCUCAUGGCACAGUUCGGUACUUUCCCGCCGGAUAUCCCAUCAGAACCCUAA